AUUGUGGGGUGCCAGCCAACCAGGGCUGUUGUGGGCCUGUGCUGUGAUUGGCUUUUUUUUUUUUAAGUGAUGGACAUACUUGGCACCUUAGGCAAAUGAAAAUGCCAAUCACGUCCAAACUUGGUGCCACCUGCCCGGUUGCCUCCUUUCGAGUAUUGUUGUCUAAAUUGUAAUUGACGCACAAUGGUUGAACUGUACGUGGCUAAAGCAGUAACUGCCAAUCGCUACCCUUACAGGCAAACUGGGUGAAGCUACUCCACUGGGCACAGGAUGUGAAUGUACUGCACUGAGUGCCACUGCAACUACCAUACUUUACAAGGCACACGCAACUGUUAAAUGGACUAAACAAACGUCGAAUCAGAGUUGAAACGUUUGGAUUGUUAGUACGUAGUAAGUGUGCAGUGUGCUUACAAGAAUUCAACUCCGAACAGGUAAUUUACAGGAAUGAAAACGUCAGCCGUCAACAACAAAAAACAUUCUGAAUGCGACUCCGCGCUUGUAGACGAGAACUUGAGUUGACCUCCUCGGAGAUCGUACUUGAACGGCCGUGACACGAUAAGGUUAAUCUCACCAGAGAAAUGAAUAGGUUCAAGUGUUGAGGUGUGUUUGUGUGCAAUGGAGGUGGGCAGAGGAGGACAUCAGAAUUUUACCCUUGAUGAAGAAGAAGAGCCCACAGAGCAGGGUACAGAUGAUGAGGACUUGGCCAUUUUGGAGAAUGAGGAGGAUCUGGACUGGAAACCCUCUGCUGUGAGACAGAGUGGACAUGGGCAGCAGGCUGGCAAUUUUGCUCAGAGGCCGUCUAAUUUGAUGCAGAGCCAUGUUCGCUUCCAGCAGACAUCCAUCUGGGGAAAUCAAAAGGGAAAGCUGGCUUCCAUUCGUCUUCUGAACUGGAGUAGGAAACGGGCCAAGAGCCAGGGAGAAUGCAGGCAAACACAAGCAAGCAAGUGGAGAGAACACAGUAGGUUGGAGGAAGAUAAAGAAACAUCUCAUGCCAAGCAGUAUGGUGGCACCACCACACAAGAAGUGCUGCGGGCAGGUGGUCAUCCACCCUUUCAUACACUUCUAUGCCCAUCUUCACUUAGGAACUCCUCCGGUCCCAGCAGAGUGGAUCUUUCUUACCAACGUGCAUUGCCCACAGCUGUUGCUUCCAUUUGCCCUAACCGCAGUAGUCGGAGAAGAAAGCCAAUUUCUCCCACACAGUACCUGCAACCAAAUUCUGGCUCUCAGACUGAAGUUUGCUGUGCCUCGUCUCCUUUGAGAUCAAACGACCACCUCAAAGUUGAGGAUACAAAUGGCGGUAGAGUGGGCACCAUACAGCAGGUUUCCACUGGUAACAUUAAUGGUCUGCAUUUGUCUGCCAGUCCAGACAGGCAAGAGUCAAUCUUGGAUCAUGACUGCCACAUUGACAAUAUGCCACAGAAAUACUUAGAGGGUGCCAGUCUUCGCAGAGCAGAGCAAGCAAAGGAGUAUACACAAGCCGUCUGCCCUGGCCAAGAGAAGAGGGCGCAAGUGCAGCCACACAAGAGAGACCGGACUCUAAGUGAUGCCUCGGAAUGCAAGGAGGCUGACCUGGUAAAGUUCAUCCAGCUGAUUGACGAGAAUGGGGGCUACUCCACAGCUAAGCUGGUGCCCUGUGUUGAUGUGGAGAUUGAGGAAGAUGAUGGUGUGGAGGAUGCAUGCAACAGGGUCAGCAAGCAGUACACCGACCGCUCCCCCUCCAACAUCCAAGAGGUGAUUGUUGAUGACAAGCCAUUCCAGUGCAGCGUGUGUGAGAAGAGCUUCAAGCGAGCGUGGGAACUGUUCAGCCACGAGGUGGUCCACAACUCAGACCGGCCCUUCCACUGCGACAUCUGCCAGGCCACUUUCAAGCGGCACUCGGACUACAAGAGCCAUCGAAUGGUACACACUGAGCACCGGCCGUUCUCCUGUGAGAUGUGUGGCAAAAAGUUCAAACGCUCCUCGAAUCUGCAGGAGCACCGGCGGAUCCACUCAGGCAUUCGUCCAUUUCUCUGUUCGUGCUGCGAGAAGAGCUUCAAAACUCCUUAUGAGCUUCAACGGCACAUGCUUAUACACAUGACGGAGAAGCCCUUCAAGUGCAGUGAUUGUGGUAAGGACUUCCCCACUACCAACACCCUCCUGGCACAUCAACGACAGCACUGUGACGAUAAGCCUCACGUUUGUGGCAUGUGUGGUAAGAAGUUCACCUACGGUCACAGCCUGAAGGUCCAUGAGAGGGUGCACACCAACCACAGGCCCUUUGUCUGCCCCAUCUGUAACAAGGGCUUUAAACAGUCCAAUGCCCUGGCCAGCCAUGAGCGGGUGCACACAGGAGCGCGACCCUAUGUCUGCCAGACCUGUGGCAAGGCUUUUAAACAGAGCUCUUACCUGGUGAUCCACCAGCGUGCCCACACUGGGGAGAAGCCGUACCAGUGUGAUGUGUGCCAGAAAGCUUUUACUCGCCCAUCGCUGCUGUUGCAGCACCACAGGGUUCACAGCCAGGAAAGGCCCUUCAAGUGUGGCUUCUGUGACAAGUACUUUAAGGACUACUCCUACUUGACUGUUCAUGAGAAGGUGCACACUGGCCAGACGCCCUACAAGUGCCAAGUCUGUGACAAAGGUUUUGCACAUCCCUCCAAUUUGUUACAGCACCAGCGGGUGCACCGGACAUGGCAGGAAGGGGGUGGCCAUCCACCUCCUACCUGUUUGUGAGGGGGGGGGGGUCACUGAUGGUCAUGUAACAUCAUCUGCAUCAUUCAGCCACUCCCACGAAAGGCUUCCUUUUCACCCAGUCUUAUUCCCUCCAUUCAUCUGUCGGUUAAUUCUAGUUGGAGCCAUGGAGGUGUAGCACCUGAGGAGUUGAGAGGUUAGCCCCUCACAGGCGUACAGACACACACUGACUGGCUGGCCGCAUGCAUCUGAUAUAUGAGGGUAACCAACAGGUUGGUAGAGAGACUAUAGUGGGGAAAUGAUACUGUCCAGCUCUGCAGUACCCCAGUGCCAGUCAUUGCACUCCAAUCCAGUAGACUGGCAUUGUUUUUAUUCCAUUUUUAACCAGUAAAACUGUGCUCAGGUCUUUCAUUAUCCAUGGCAGUAAUGGCACAUCCCCUGUCAUCACAUGUCACUCAUGCACAGAUUGAAACGUGUCACCACUAAAGCUGAUGUCCCGUUACACGACUUGUAGUUGACUCCUACUGACACUGAUCUUGUCACCUGUCUGGGUCAAUUUACAUAACUAGAAAUCGCAGAACGUGACAAAAUACGCAACCCCCUGAUGACUUUCCAGCACGGUUUCACAUUUCCAAAUGUGAAGUUUUGUCUGUGAAGGAGCCGGUGGCUUUGUGGAAGGCUUUACAGGAAUGGAGAGUUCAGCCGUAGUCUUAGUCAACUGGUUUUUCUUUGUUCCGUUCUGUCAUGGCAUUUAAAAUAUGAGACAACAAACAGACAAACUUCUCUUCAGUGUGUGAGGUCCAAAACACGCGUGUUCUUUGUACCUUGUCAGUGCAUUCUAUGCGUUGUACUUGCAGAGAAGAAUUCAUGGACUGUUGUGGCUGUCAUGCACACAGAGCCCACCUCUACAACUAACAACAAAAUUGGACCUCUUUUCUUUUGUCGGAGUGAGUCCCUGAGUAUGCCACUCUGUGAUUGAAUGUUAUGUAAUGUGACGGGGCCUUUAGGCCACACCAGCACAAAGGCACAUUGAUCAUGCUUGUCUACUUGGGCCUCAGUGAGGCCAUGUCACACAGGUGAAGGUGGUCACAUUCCAUGACGUUUCCAGUGACUUUCAGUUGUAGCCCUCAGUAACAUAAUCUGGGCGAGUCAGCGGCAGUAUGCUCUUGUGAAAUCAGUCACCUAAUGUGACAUACCCAGCGACUCGGUCCAACUAGUCCACGACUUCACUGGGGUGGGCUCUGUUUGCAUGAGAGGUGACACUCAGUCAAGGCUCAUCUCAAAGUAGAAUGCAGAGACUAGGAAAAAGGAACAGAGGUUGCAGCUGAACUCACUGUACCUGUUAACCCUUCGUACAGUGCCAGCUCCAUCAGGUAGCCUGCCAUUGGCUGUCAGAAAAAGGGGCAAGCACGGCUGUAGUGGAAGGUCAUCACUCAGUUGGUAAAUGUGACGUGAGCAGCAGUUUUUCAAUUGUGUAAAAGAACAAGAUCAACAACUGCAGUUAGAAAUUCUGACAUACCCAACAAUCCGAAGUCAUGUCAUGUGACAUUGGGUUAAGGAGACAGCCCAUGUGAUACAGGAAAGUGCACGCCCCUUUAGCCCACUGUAAAGACACCCUUCAUUAUACCAUCUGACACAGGUAAAGUCCCACCUUUCAUCUCACGCCUCACCUGCUGUUGUCAUUUUAAAAUCUGCCCAUUGAGUUUCUCAGCCCCAAAUGAUUUUGCACCCCAUGUCCCAUCAUUCUGUACUGCAGUUAUAGGUGGUCUCCCUUUACUUUAGUGCAUUUCUGCUCAUUCUGUUAAACAUUAAUGAAAGCCACAGUUACAAAUCUCUCACUCCAGUUAGCUGUACCACCUCCAGGGUCAGUCCAGUAAACUGCAUCAUUGCAGCUUCAUCCCAGUCAUGUGUCACCCACUGCAAUGGGAAGAUGACUCCUCCUGUGCUCCCACCCCCCCUUUGUAGGCAACCCGACUGAAGCCCGUUUUCAGAAUGUUUCAUUUUUCCUGAUCCAAUCAUUUCUCGGUUCCACCAGUGUCAAGUCAGGGUACAGUGAGCAUAUUAACCAGGGGCCCAGGAUGAAGCUGCUGGACCUUGGACUCCAACAUGUGCCACCUUUCUGGUCACUUCUUUCUCUGUCAGUUCCAGCUUUGUUCUUCUGACCCAAGUCUGGUGUCAUUAAAGGUUUCUAUUGCAAUCUCCCCCUUGUCACAACAUUUGAAAAGCUUCUUUCUAAUGGGGGAACUAGCACAUUCCUGGGGUGGACUAUGGUGUGUCUCUUUAUCGCCCCCAUAUUGUUAAUCUGACCAGCCUGUUUCAGCUGGACAGAGGAAGAUGCUGGGCUGAUGGAGGGGUCUCUUAGGAGCUACAUUUGUGGUGGACUUUAAAUCAAAUGUUUUCAAAGGAGUUGGAGGGAUGCAGCUAGGCAAGCGGCCAGGUGGAUGUGGUGAAGGUGGUCUGCGGUAGCUCAACCUCGCUAUGAAUUUUUAACCCAAAUAGCUCCACCAUGCCACUGAUGAGGGCAAUAAUAACAACAGCAACUGAAUCUUGACCUCUCUGUGCUGGGCUGUCAUUUGUAAUCUGCUCUCUAUAAAUACAGCAAGAAUUCCAACAGCUCUC